AUGAAAGCCCUCAUCCUCGACGCAGAAAAUGCCACUGGCACCGUGACCACCUCCCAUCCCAUGCCCGUCCCUGGCCCAGACGAGGUGCUCAUCGCCGUCAAAGCCGUCGCCCUCAAUCCCGUCGACGCACUGUACACCUUGCAUCCUCUCGGAAGCACCGGCCGCGUCAUAGGCUCCGAUUUUGCUGGCAUCGUUGUCGCCCGCGGCCCACCUGCGGCCCCCAACAAUGACGACACCACCACCAACGGAGGCGGCGGGCCCAGUCGCCUGCGCAGGUCCAGCACUGCCUUGACGACCAGCAUCAAUCGUGGGGACCGCGUUGCUGGCUUUCUGCAGGGAGCGAGCAGUGUCAACGAGCGGCCGGGGGCGUUUGCCGAGUACCUGGUCUGUCCAGUGGACCUGGUCUGGCGAAUCCCCGCCAGUGUGACGUUUGAGGAAGCGGCAGCUGUGAGCUUAUGUGGCCUGACGGCCGCGCAGGGUUUGUUCUUCCGCCUGGGCUUGGACGCGCCGUUCCAAUGGGAGGAUGAGAGCGACGAGGGUUUUUCUUUCUUCGUUGCUGGUGCGUCGACCUCCGUUGGCCUGUAUGCCGCCCAGCUGGUGCGAAGGAGCGCAGAAGUCAGUGGUCGCAAGGUACGGCUGAUUGGGGCUGCCAGCCCGCGCAACUGGGAAAUGCUCAAGGCGGAACCAUAUGCGUAUGAUGUGCUGGUGGACUAUCGCGACAAAGACUGGCCUGAGAAGGUGCGAACAGCUUCAGGUGGUGGUGUGCACUUUGCGUAUGAUGCCAUCUCGGAGGGCUCGACGGUGAGAGAUGUCAGCAGCACCCUCAAGCAAGGUGGCAAGAUGGCGGUCGUCAGGUCGAGGGCAGCAGGUGCGUGGGAAACAGAGGGCGUGACGACGGAACCUCUCUAUGGCGCAGUGUGGGAAGGUCUUGGCGUGGAUAUUUCUUAUCAGGGCUUUGUGGUCAAGACAUCGCCUGCGAAAAGAUCAUUUGCGAUGGCCUUCUACAAAUGGUUGUCUGAUUUGGGUUCUCUGCAGCCAAACCCGGUGCGCAUCAUGCCAGGCGGCCUAGAUAGGAUCGUGGAAGAUGGGUUCAGUUUGUUGGGCACGGCAGUCUCGCGUCGGAAUAACGACAGAACCGAAGAGCACAUGAGACCUAUCAGUGGUGAGAAGCUUGUAUACAGAAUUGAGGCGGAAAGGAGGCCAAGCAUAGGUGAGGAGGAUCCCAUUGUGUGAUUUUUUUUUUUUUCAUAUGUCCAUCUGGUUUUACAGAGCCUGUAUUUAAUUUCAAUAUUGUCUUGUUCUGAUACUCG